GUUCGUGUAUCACGUCACGGGCAUUUGGUGUCCUCUAGACAAGAGCUAAAAUUGGGGGUGCCGUGUUCCAUGAGAAGAUACGCCAACGCCCAAACCCCAAAGAGUGGAGCCCAAAGCGUGGAGCCGGAGUAAAUGGACACGAAAGAUUCCGAUUCCUUUGUCGUUCAUCCUUUGAUCGCCCGGGAUCCAUGCUCGAAUCCACAGGAAACGCAUGAAUUUGAUAUCAGGGGGGAAUUUCUUCGCAUUUCCAAAUCGCCCAGAUCGAUUGGAACUACACGGAAGGAGCCCAAUCUUGUUGUUGUCAGGCUUUGCGAAAGCUGGGGAUCCCAUCCAGGCAAAAAAGAGUGGAACCUGGUAGCUUGGAGUUCUCUUCUUGCAGCAUAUGCCCAGAACGGGGAUUUAAGAAAGGCAAAGAAUGUGUUUGAUUUCAUGCAAUCGCGAAACAUCGUCUGUUACUCGACACUGCUCACAAUGUACACACGAUUUUGUAGUUUAGAUCAUGCAAAACUAUUUUUUGAUCAAAUGCCAGAGUGGAAUCUAGUGUCGUGGAAUGUGCUUCUUUCAGCUUAUGCAAAGAGUGGAGAUCUUGAAAGCGUUCAAGAGGUGUUCUUGAUAAUGGAGGCUUGGAAUCUCGUCUCCGGCGCAACUAUGAUAACUGGAUACACAAAAUGUGGCCAUAUUGGAAAGGCUCAAGCCAUUUUUAAAAGCCUGCCACUGUGGAAUGCCGUCGCAUGCACGGCGAUGCUGACUGGAUAUGCCCAAACGGGGCAUGUCUUGCUUGCUAAGCAGGUCUUUGACACGAUGCCCGUGAGAGGCAUUGUGACGUGGAAUGCCAUGCUGGCGUGUUAUGCCCGAAACGGGUACACGGAAGAUGCAAAGGCGAUAUUUCAUGGGAUGAAAGAGCACGACAUUGUUUCGCUGACGACGAUGCUAAGCUGCUCACCCUGUUUGGCCGAUGCUGAGAGUCUUUUCAAUCGAUUUCCGGAGAGAAAUCUUUGCAGUGAGAAUGUGAUGCUGGAUGCAUAUGUGUCUGGAGGAAAGAUCGAGCAAGCGAAGAGAUUUUUUGAUGGAAUGAAAUACCAUGAUUUCCAAUCGCUGGUUGUCAUGGUUCUGGGAUUUUCCCACGCCGGGAGGCUGGAAGAAGCAAAGUAUGUUUUUGAAGAGGCCCGCGAGUUUAAUCCUGUGCUGUGGACUUGCAUGGGUUCCGCAUAUGCUCAAUCUGGGCAUUUUGAGGAAGCCAGGCAAAUUUUUGGCAAUGCUUCGGAUGUAGUCUUUUUAGACGACAAUGCAAAUGAAAAGAUUGCUUGGCAUUUACAUGAUCACAAUGAUCUUGUUUUCUGCAAUGCUCAUCUUUCAGUUUGUCUCCAAGACGGAGAUUUUGUGGAGGGAGUCCAGAAGUUCCAUCGCAUGAAACAAAGAGACCAAGUUACCUGGAACUCGGUUGUAUCAGCUUAUAUCCGGAGGGGUCAAGUGAUCACGGCAGCUCGUUUGUUUGAUCGCCUUCCAGUGAGAGAUGUUACAAGCUGGAACUUGGUUCUAGCCGGCUUGUGUUGGAAGAUCGACUCUGAGGUUCGAAAUGAAGUGUUUCACAAGAUGAUCCUGAUGGAAAUGCCGGACGAGGUCACGCUUCUCUGCAAGCUAAACUUGUGUAGCCAUGAAGGAAACUUAGCCAAUUUCUCGAGAUGGUUUGCUUCACUGAGAAGUGACUUUGGGCUGGAACCAACCAAGCAGCACUACUCAACAGCGAUUGAUAUCCUUUCUAGAGCGGGGGAUUUAAGAGAAGCUUGGGAUCUUUUAAACACAAUGCCGUUCUAUCCAGAUACGAUGGAGUGGACAAAGAUCACAAAACACAAACACUGA